AAAAGACAUUCCAUUUGCUAUUGUAAAGUAGUAUAUAUUUGUUAAAGUUGCAGAGCUUUCAAGUGUUGCUUUCAAUGGCGAAUCAGCCACUAACCCGCAAAAGGGUCAAUGCAAUUCGUCGUGCCUCUGAUGGAAGCGCCUUCCACAAGUGUCAUUACUGUGGUGUUUUGGUCGCCAUUGCUCUCUCUGACAUGCACGAGUGUAAGUCCAGAAAGAAUGUGAAAAGAUUCAAAGGCGAAAUUAGAACUCAAAAUGUUAAAGAUCUGAGCUUUCAAGACCAACCCAGAUCACCUUUUCGCAAUUUUAUGGAAAGUUUUGUGGAGACUUGUAAGGCUAAAAAUCAGAUUGAAGUCGAUCGAAAAGGUUUUGAGACAUGGAGGACUAUGUCAAAACAGGAGAGGCUGCCUUAUGUCCUUCAAGCUGCAAAGGUGAACUCGAGUUAUGAAAAAGCUUUGCUUCAAGAGGUUGAACAUAUGUCAUGGGUGGAUGAUGAUGAAGCAGAUUCAGCAGAGGUUGGGAAGUAUGAUAAGAAUUACGAAGACAAUGCAUACUAUGAAGACUCUGAAAGCUUCUGGUCUGAGAGCAAUGAGAGCUUCGAUGCCAAUGAUUGGGAACUAUUGCGUCCACAUUUUACUGUGGUAUCUCGUUGAAGAUUGAAGGUUGUGGCAUGGGAUCUUUUGUCUCUAAAAAGAUGUUUAUCCCCCUUAUCCCAUGUAUUUUCAACCAUAUGAUUUAGUUUUUAAUUUAAAGAAAAUUAGAUUAUGUGGUUGUGAGUGAUGAUCAGACAACCAGAAUAAACUCCUUUUUUUGGACAGAAGAUAGUGUCGUGGACCAAUGGGGGUCAUCCAACUGGCAAUGGUGGAAAUCCAGAUGCAGACAGAUUUUUUGCCAUUGCCUAUUCUUUCAGCAGGCAAGUCAUUUUGGCUAUUGUAAAGUGCCAUUAGGAGUUUAGUAUUCUAAUUUCUCACCAGUAGUUUUUUUGUUUCCACUUUGUUGAAUUCACAAGGUUUCCUGUGACAUUGUUCUUCCUUUAUUGUCUUUUUUGGAGAUUAGUGGAGAAGCCUUGUUAUUCACAUGAUGUGUUUUGUUAAUAUACUUAUUUUUGGGAUGUUGUCUUGUCUCCCCUAUGGCGAAUAA